AUGGGGACGGAUUUCACGUACACUAUUAUCUGGCAGACUGAUAAAAUUAUCUUUAAGUUCGAUGGCGAGUUCUUCGGAGCAGUAAACAAUGCGACACUUCUUGAACCAUUUCAAAAACAUGAGUGCCAUCUAGUCCUGGGUCUAACCGCCGGCGGAAAUGUAAAUUUCAAUGACGAUAUUCUGGAGAUGAAACACAAGCCCUUUUCAAACACCCACCCCAAAGCGGACAAACAAUUCGAGGAAUUAUCUAGAAAUUCUGAUUGGACACCAUUGGUGGUUGACCAUAUCCGGGUGUUUGCCAUUGACAAGGAGGGAAAUUAAAAAAAAUAUAUACUCUUUAAGUUGUAAAAUAGGAUUUUAAGGCGUGCUUUUAUAUUAAUACUUUGAAUUACUUCAUUUAGCACCGGGGAAGUCUAUGUUUGAAACCUCGUAUUUACUUUAAAGAUAAAUUAAUCUUGUUCUAUGAUAUCUAGAUAUUAAUUGAUUAGAUAUUACCACUAACUGCUUCAUUCCUAUUCAAAUGGUUACUAGACACCUAGUAAUCAUCUAAAAUAAGAGCAGGAGUCGAUCACCAAAAUCCCAUUAGUUUAGAAUACUUUGGUGACUGAUUUAAAGGUGUUCUUUUAUGGCAGAAUAAGCUACGAAAUAGAUUGUUAGCACUGACUAAAA